AUGGAAAUGGAGAAGACGGGUAUGCCAUCGCCUGAACUUCUAGAACUAUUUUCUGCAAUAAAAUUCACUGAAUCUAAACAAAACAAGACACAACACAACUCUCAUCCUCAACCUUGGUGUGGUAAACAUGUAAAUGAUCAAGAAAACUCGAAGAACAUCUACAACUAUGCUCUGAAACCUGGAAAUGAAAAGACUCCAAUGUGUAAAAUUGCUGAAUUAACUAGAUACCAUAAGGUAGGACAUUGUCAUCCUGUUAUUUACAUUUUAGUUAAAACACGAGUACGUUUUGAUGGAUGAAAGUGGACCAGCUCACAAGAAGAAGUUCACAGUAAAGUUAGUGCUAAAAGAAGGCGAGGAGUAUGAGGGAAGUGGUGCUUCCAUCAAGAAGGCUCAACAAAGUGCUGCAGAAAAAGCUUUGGAGAAUACAACUCUAAAACGGCCAUCAAGGAAGGCCAACAAAAGCAAAAAUGGUACUGUUAGAGGCUUUUUAAACACUUUUUCUUGACAGGACUGUUUUGUUUGUGAGUCUAAAAUUUUAUGUAAUAAUUAAUAUUAUUAGAUGUUGAAUGAUUGUAAAAGAUGUAAGAAAACUAAUUUUAGAUAACAAUCCUGUGUGGUUGUUAUUCAAUGUCGCUAAUCGGCUUGGAAUCGAAGUUAAAUUGGAACAUGAACAUGUGAACCAAAGAAAGCCGAUACUGCAGUUUAGUUUGGUGAACUCUGGCUACAACAAUAAUAUUCUAAAUCCUGUUAAUGAUUUCUCAACCCAUGGAGGGUAUUAUCUAUACAAUAAUCAGUAUUUCGGUUACCCAUAUCCGCCAGUGUGUCCACCGUACUUUAAUAAUUAUUCAAACUAUCGAGACAAUGGAUUUGAUGCGGUAUGUUUGACUUUUAAUUUAAAUAUUAUUUCUUUGUUAUAGUUUAGUACGAACGUCUUUAUAUAAAACAUCUUUUAGAAUCAAAUAAAUAAACCUAAACUAACUGGAAGAGUAAAGAACGAUCAAUAUCAUCGAUGCACGUUUGUUCUUUCUGAUGGCACAUCUCACAAAGGUGCUGGUAAAACAUUAGGAUUUGCAAAGAAUGAAGCAGCUACGAAGGCCCUUUUCCAUCUACGACCAUUGUUAUCAGAACAAGAAGCAAAGCUGAAAAAGGAUUACUGUAACUUUGAAGACAAUGACGAUGCCGAAGUAUCGAGCUUGGAAAGCGAUGUGGAGGUUAUAGAUACGAACGAUGAUGACAAUGACACUCUAACCGCACCAACACGGAAGUCUAAGAAGAGUGUGGUGUCAGAGAUACACGAAGCUGCCUUCAGGUUGAAGAUGAAUGUGGAGUUGGAGAUUGUGAAUGAAACUGGGGAGCCUCACAACAGAAACUACACUCUAAGAUGUCGAUUAACAUCUCCAAAGACAGGACAAGUUAUCGAAGCUGAUGGAAAUGGGUCGAGCAAGAAGGUGGCAAAGCAAGAUGCUUGCAAGAACAUGUUGGAGAAGGUUGCUGAUUUAGGUAGACUUAAAGCUAUUUUUAAGCUUUGAUUUAUUUAUUGUUUUGGCUAAUAUACUUAUUCAAAUUAAUAUGUCAUUUUGUAGAAAAUGAUCCAGUGUACUUGGCUUCUCUGAUAGUGAAAUCAUCCAAUAAUCCGAAGAAAGCGACCAAAGAGGUGAAGAGGAAGACCAUAGUGAAGGACAUGAAGAUGGAUCCGCAAUACGGUCAUCACAUCAACCCCAUUAGCCGACUCAUUCAAGUGAUGCAGACCAGGAAAGAAGCAGAUCCAGUGUUCAAGUUGGUAGGAGAACAAGGUCAGAACAGAUACCGAGAGUUCAUGGUGGAAGUCAGGUGUAUGGAUAGGGUUGUCACUGGAGUGGGUCAGAACAAGAAAUUGGCCAAGAGAGCAGCAGCUGAAGCCAUGUUGAGCGAGAUCGGCUACGUGAAGUCGAUGCCUCAGCCAGGAAAGAGUUUACUCAAAAAGAAAAGUAAUGGUAAGUUGUCAUGGUGUAAUUCACAAAUUAAAAAUAAGUUUAUUCUACAAGUGCCAUUAAUACUUUACAGAUGACAUAAAGUGUGUCAUGAGUGACAUCGGUGUCUUUGAUGCUACACAAUUGGAGAGCAAGAACGCUGAAGAUGAUGCUCACGUUUCUCCUGUCAUGCAGACUUUUGCUGACGUUGAGGCUGUGGUGAACGAAGAGCAGAACGUUCCGGAAAACGACGAUUAUUGCGUGGUACGACCUCGAGCUGACAGUGAAAAGUGCGUUGAGAACUUUGUAGACUUGGUUGUUUUACUCUAGUCGAUUCAUUUUGACGAUAUAACAUAACAUUUUAGACAACCGAUUGACCUUCCACCAAUGCGAUCGGAAAGACGACGAGUCACCUUCAGCACAGAAGUGGCUCAGUGUCCUCCCCCAGAAGAUAGCAACUAUCCGAUGUCGAGUGUGACGUUACUCAAGUCGGAAGUCGUGGUAGCUCCAAAACUGAAGAAGCGAGGUCGGGACUCUAAAAAGGCAUUGAGUGCUACUGAAAAGAGCACGAUAGCGUCGCUGUGCCGAUACUUUUUGACCUAUUCUAUGGCAGAAUCCACUCGGUCUGGGAUUGUCAACCUUGAUGAUCCAACUUUCAAAGCGGUUGUUUCUAAAGACGUACCGUCUGCCACUUUCAAAUGUGACCUACUAACUUCAAGCUUUAACCAAGCAUCAGAAUAUACUCACAAGAUGUCACAGCAACUCCAUGAAGACAUCGAGCAUGGUGUUGUUGUGGUUAAAAGUGCCAAAUGGCUGUUGGAAACCUUGGCCAAAUUGUACAAGUUUACUGUAUCUUACUCAGACUUCCCCAAGGCUUCAGAUUCCGAGAACUUCUUCUCUAUCGUCACCAUAGGUUUAGAUAAGCCAAUACUGUUGCCUGGUACCGGUACAGAUGAAGAUGGAGCCCAUCUUGAUGCCGCCUACCAUGGCAUCGAAGCUCUUGUUAAGCUUGACAAAGCUAAUUGA